CUUGCGCUCUACGUGCCUGUAAUAUCUGCCUUGCUAGCAAGAGAGAGGGGCGGACCAGUUAGAAGUCGGAGCUGAAACACUUUUGCUUUUUAACUCUGCCCAAAGCGGUGGAAAACCAGAGUGAAGGUAAGGCGAAACUUAUCUGAAAUCUAUAAAGUGGACUAUGCUGACAGCACGUGCGUCUGAUCCCUCUAACCAUGCUGCUUUUACUCAAGUUUCAGUAACUAACUUGUUGCUUCCCAGAUGGAUUCUUUGUCUCACCAGAUCACAGUGUUACGUAAUACUGUACUCUUAAUAAUAACCAUGUGGAAGCACAAGUUCUGCACAGCUGUGGCUCACCCCUCAGUUAUACAGCAGGUUUGAUCAGUGGAGAUAGGUUGUUUAAGGUCUUUAUUGUAAUUUCUGUUAUAGAUACUGCAUACGCACAUGUAAUGAUUGACUUAAAAUGUUGAAAUAUUUUACAUUUUAUUUAAAUAUUUCAUGAACGUAUAACUUAUUCUCAACGAUGAGCAAAUAGACAAAAAAAAGAGAAGAAAAUCGUUUUAAUGUUAAUAAUUAAUCCAGUCUUACUCAAUCUGCUGCUAUGUUUGAUUCCUUCAUGGGUUAGUGAGUCUCACUGUGUCUCAUGUUAGUGCAGACAUGCGGGUGGCAGUGAUUGGGGCAGGAGUGAUUGGCCUGUCAACAGCUCAGAGCAUCUAUGAGCACUAUCACUCUAUUGUCAGUCCGCUGACCAUCGAGGUGUAUGCAGACAAGUUCACUCCACUGACCACUAGUGAUGGAGCAGCUGGCUUCUGGCAGCCUUAUCUGUAUGAUAAGGGCAACGUUCAGGAGACAAAAUGGAAUAAAGAGACAUUCGACUACUUGCUCAGCUUUCUCAAGUCAUCUGAGUCCAUAAAAAUGGGAAUAUUCCUUGAGUCUGGCUACAACCUUUGCAGUGAACCUGCACCAGAUCCCUCGUUUAAGGACAGCGUUCUUGGCUUCAGGCAGCUCACAGAGCGAGAGCUGCAGAUUUUUCCUGGAUACAAGUGUGGGUGGUUCAACACUGCUCUCAUGAUAGAGGGUAAAACAUACUUACCUUGGCUUAUGGAGUGGUUGCAAAAAAGGGGAGUGAAAUUUUAUCACAGGAAAAUAAAGUCCUUCAAGGAGGUUAGUGAAAGUUUUCAGUGUAUUGUGCUUGCAAGUUCUUCUCAGCAUGCCAGGAUAGUCGACGACUGGUCUGGCCUCAGGCCAGUUCGCAGCAAAGUCCGACUGGAGAGGGAAGCCAUAUGGUCUGGUGAAACCCCCAUAGAGGUGAUACACAACUAUGGCCACGGAGGUUUCGGACUCACCAUUCACCGAGGCUGUGCCGAGGAAGCGGCGAGGCUCUUUGGUCAGAUCGUGGAACAAAAAGGCAAAGGUCCAAAAGCUCGCUUGUGAAUUGGUGUGCAGAAGUAACGAUUGAUGUUCUUUUUUUUUCAAAUGUCAGCAUCAGUGCACAUAUUGCUCCUAGCCUCCACUAAUUUAAUAUUAAACAUCAUUUUCAAACAAUCUCACCAUUGUUAAUUAAACAAUGGCACAUAUGUAAGACAAUCGUGCUGAAAUCUAUUUGAGAUUUGGAUCAUUUGAGAAGCACUUUUUAUGUAUAAAUUGUACAUAUUUUUGUGAAUUUAUAGUGCACUAAAUGUAAGAUUUGCAACGAAUUUAAAAUAUUUAACUAAUAAAUUAAUAAAAACACGA